GACUGCCACUCAUACCGACGGUAGACCCUGAUCCGUGCUUUGCUUUGGGCAGUGAUUAGUCGGCAACCCGCCUUGCCACCGAGAAGACGUCUGGCAGCGACCUCUCGCGCUCGUUGUGUGCGUUUCUGUGAAGGAUUAUUGCGCUUUAUGCAGAACUUCUUUCUGUUAUAAUUUUCGAUUACGAAUUUGUCAUCAGUUUUUCGUGCCGUUUGCCAAAGCUUUAGAGUCUCAGGAACAACUGUACGAGCCCAAGAACUAAAGGUAUAUUGGAUAUACGUUUAAAUAGUGAUUAUAAGUUGAUCAACAAUUCGAGGGAAGCAGUAGACACCAGAAUCGCCGCCUUCAUUUCGCCAACAGCCUUUGCACCGAAAUUAGAGUUUCAGGACCCAAAGGACCUCCUGUACAUUCCUGAAAAUGGGCAACGCUUGCUCUUGCUGCAGAGAUUCGGGGUGCAUGGAGUGGCUCUUCCCCAAGAAACCCAAUCUUCCUAGCAACCCCGAACCAGUAGACUUACCCAAGCCCGUGACACCCAUCUAUAACGAAGGAGCAGUGGAGUUUGAGAAGGAAUACUUGGCAGUGAAGAGCUUCGACUUGGCGAUAGCGAAGAACAGCACCGAGCACCACACGGCCGAGUACGAGCUCGUCGAGAGAGCGGAGCCGCGUCUCGUGGUGAGGAGAGGCCAAGAAUUCACGAUCAUCUUGCAGACGAAUCGACUUUACGACGCUGAGAAGGACAAGCUCUCCCUUGUGUUCAACGUGGCAGACGCCAAGAAGCCCAACUUCGGUAAUGGAACUCAAGUUGGCGUUGGUGUCGACAUGGAAACCUCGAGUGGCUGGAAGACUAAGCUGGUCUGUGCGGACGAAAACUCCAUGACAGUCCAGGUCAUGACAUCCGCGAAGGCAAUCAUUGGCAAGUGGAACUUGGACGUCGACAUCCAGUCAGGAGACACAGUCCACAAUUACCCGUGCAAGGAUGGGUUCUACCUCCUGUUCAAUCCAUGGUGCAAAGAUGAUGCUGUAUACAUGGAGAGCGACGAGGAGAAACAGGAAUACGUCUUGAACGAUUUCGGCCUGAUCUGGCGCGGGACAACGACGCGGUCCAGACCCUGCCCCUGGAACUUUGCCCAGUUCGAGGAGAACGUCCUGGAAUGCGUGCUGGAAGUUCUCACCACCGUGUGCAAGAUGUCGCCGGCUAACAGGGCAGACGCCGUGAAUGUGUCUCGGUCUAUAUCGGCUGGGGUCAACUCUCCGGACGACGCAGGCGUCCUGGUGGGCAACUGGUCGGACGACUACUCCGGCGGCACCUCCCCCGUGAAAUGGGCCGGCUCCCAGCUGAUCUUCCAGGAGUUCUACAAGACCAAGAAGCCCGUGAAGUACGGCCAGUGCUGGGUAUUCUCUGGAGUGGUGACCACGGCCUGCAGGGCUCUAGGCAUCCCCUGCCGCCCCAUCACCAACUUCGAGUCCGCCCACGACACCCACAAUUCCCUCACCAUCGACUACUUCUUUGACGACGAGGGCAAGGUCAUGGAGAACCUCAACUCCGACUCCGUCUGGAACUUCCACGUCUGGAACGAGGUCUGGAUGACCAGGGAGGACCUCGGGCCGGAGUACAACGGCUGGCAGGUGAUCGACGCCACGCCGCAGGAGGAGAGUGAUGGUCAAUACCGAUGCGGUCCAGCUCCUCUGGCAGCCAUCAAGAACGGCGAGAUCAAACGUCCCUACGACGUGCCGUUCGUCUUUGCCGAGGUCAACGCCGAUAAGCUGUUUUGGAAGUACAGGGGCCCCAGUCAGCCUAUGAAGUUGCUUGGGAAGAAGACCGGAGGAAUUGGCAACUUCAUCAGUACCAAGGCUGUUGGAAAACACGCAAGGGAAGAUGUUACCCACCAAUACAAGUUCACUGAAGAGUCAAGAGAAGAGAGGGACGUCAUGCGCAAUGCCCUUAGGAUGUGCGAGAACACCUUCGCCAGGUACUACCUGAACGAGGACUUGGAGGACAUUGAGUUCGACUUCCAGAUGAACGAUGACAUUGUCAUUGGACAGCCCUUCACGGUGACUGUCAUCGUCGAGAACAAGAGCAACAAGGACUACGACGUCGAGGUCGUCCUUAGGUCUGACACCAUGCAGUACACGGGAGCCAUCAAGGAUCUGGUCAAGAAGCACAAGCAAGACGUGACCAUGAAGGCUCAUACCAAGGAAAUGAUUGCCAUGGAGGUGACCUUUGCUGAAUACUACGAUAAACUGGUGACCCAGUGUGCCUUCAACCUCGCUUGCCUCUGUAAAGUCAAACAGACUGAAUUUGAAUACUUUGCUCAAGAUGAUUUCCGCGUCAGGAAGCCAGACAUCAAGAUUGAGUGUCCAUGCGAACUCGUCGUCAAGCGGGAAGCAAAAUGCAGAGCCAGCUUCAAGAACCCUCUCCCCAUCGCCCUCACGAAGGGUCGGUUCAUGAUCCAGGGAGGUGGUCUCACGAAGGUCCAGUUCAUCAAUUUGAAAGAGGCAGUUCCCGUGGGCGGUGAAGCAGCCUGCGAUUUCACCUUAACUCCCACGAUCAAGGGUGAGAAGUCCAUCAGCAUUAUCUUCGACUCCCGUCAGCUGGAAGACGUGGACGGCAUGCUGACAGUCCAAGUGAUUCCUGCCCAGGAACCAGAGACUGUUCCAGCCACCAAUGGCACAGAUCAUCCUGUCAACGGCGACGCAGCAACGACUACGGUGCCGGAGAUCACUCCUUCAGAAGAGGUCACCGAAGAAGCGUAGAAAGUGAGGCACCUUCUUCUGAAGCUGAUGUUCUUCCAAUAGUUUUUUAUAUAUGUAUUUCAUGACAGAGUCAACAGAAAAACUGUGAAUGGCAGUGCCAAAAGUGAUAGCAGCUAGUGUGCUUAUUUAUGCGAGGAGUAUUUUUAUAAAAAAUAAAUAAGAAAAUAUUUCUAUGAAUGAUCAGUAUUUGACAAGUCCGAAAACGACAACAGGUUGUUUUUGUUCAGUGUACCUUCUAUCGCAUAGAUGUUCCAUACUGUUAGCUACUCAUCCUUACUCAUUUUUGUUAUUGCUAGAAGAUGACAGACACAAUUUCUAGGUUUUUAUUCAGUCGCGUGCUGACUGAAAGGGUAAUGUUACCAAGGCUUACGUCAAUGUACUUUAUUCGACUUUUCAUUAUGAUACUUUACAGUACAUAAAUUAUAGUGUCUUUAUACUAUGCUUUUGUUACGGAGGCGUAUUCGUAUACUGUUUAUUUGUUUUUAGCAUUUUGAAUUGCUUAGUAAGAUAGAGGUAACGAUUAUUUCUGACAGUUUAUAAACAUAAAAACGUUUUGAAACCGUUUUAUAUGCUUCAUGGAAUUAGGAAGCGAAUCGGCUGUCUUUUACAAAUAUGCUAAGUCAUAAAUCAGUUGGUAUAUACACGUAUAUACAUUUAAAAGCGCGUGUUUUUAAGUUUUACAUAAGUCUACUAGUUGAAUAGUAGUGAUAAACACCAAUAAACUGCACAGAAUUGAAGUAUUAUAGAUGUGAAAGGCAGCUGGUACACUGCUGUCGUAAGCAAACAUCAGGAUGGUUCCUGUGCAGACCAGAUGGAAGAUCUGCUAUACUUGUCUUAGUCGCAGAUGUAUGAGUAUGCUUCUAGUAUACAUGUAGAUCCUUACUUUGCUGGAAUUCAAGGUGACUGAGUAGAAUAAGACCCAUUUUUUUACACUUAAUGUAUACCAUGUUUGAAUUCAUAGACAAAUAUAAUGUUUUAGAUCAUUGCAUGUUUAUUUGUGAUUUGAAUUAGUGUUGAACGUGAUGUAUGGUAAUUGACAUUUGGAACCUGCAUUUAUUACCUGUGGUGAUGUAUGAUGUAGUAUGAUGCUCUUUGCCUUCUCGAGUCUUUUAAAAGCAAAUGUUGUGUCUGGUGGAAUCAGGCAACUGCUUUGUUUAUCUCAUCCUGAAGUUAUAAAGCUCCAGCGAGGUGUCAAUCAUUAAUCUUUCCUCCGUAGAUUUACAAAAUGUCUUUUCUAGACUGAAUGAUAUUUCGUUGAUUCGGUGUGACUUCGGAUUAUGACUGAUGAAAAUGAUUAGUGAGUGGGUGAGUGCUCUUCGUACGUGGUGGUCCCUCCGUGCUGUUUGCAUUCAUUUUGAAUUCUGUUUGAAUUUGAAAGGAAUUUUGAUGCUCAUAUGUGAUUCUCAUCGAGUGCGUGGUGUGCGUCUGUUGUGAUUUCUACGUUCGUGUUUUGAAUAUCGUUUUCAUUGACAGUGUAAGAUAUUUUUCCGUUGUUUUUCUUUAGUUGUAGUAAGUCAGUGUUAAGUUUAUCUUAGGUUUUUAGGGAAUCUUGAAGAAGAAUGAUGACUGAAUGUGAGGAAAAUGUACCUUUUUAUUAUUUUUAUUAUUUGAUUAUAUCUACACAAUUAACGAAUGACUUACACCGGUUUACAAUGUGCCUUCUUUAGGGUAUAUACAUGUAUUGUGAUUGGAUCCUCUUCAGUGUAUUUUUAAGGAUACCGUAUUCAGAUUUAGACAUCGUUUUGUGUUAACCAUUCGUGAUAAGCGUCGACGUGCGAUGCUGAGUAAUUCAGAACUUUAUGAAGGUCUAAUAUUUUUUGUAAAUAACUCAAGUUUUUAC